GCCCUCCUGGGCAACGGCCUCAUCAUCAGCGCCGUAGCCUGCGGCCACCACCUGCACACGCCCAUGUUCUUCUUCCUGCUCAACCUGGCCCUCAGCGACCUGGGCUUCAUCUGCACCACUGUCCCCAAAGCCAUGCACAAUUCCCUCUGGGACACCAGGGACAUCUCCUACACUGGAUGUGCUGCUCAGCUCUUUUUCUUUAUGUUCUUCAUUGGAGCAGAGUUUUAUCUCCUGACCGUCAUGUGCUAUGACCGCUACGUGUCCAUCUGCAAACCCCUG